UUAGAAAAUGCUGUAUACCCGGCUACGAAAUUCAGAUCAACUCUGGAUGCUUAUUCUCAGCGUACUCUCUGUUUUCUCCCACGCUGGCAGUAUUCCUGAGGACCACUGGUCUGCACAUGAAAUGGGCGAGUUGCGUGACAAUAACCAGUACCCUAACGAGAUAUUGUCUUCUGACUCAACAAGGCACCGUCUUUCCAUCGACAAUACGAAACGCACAGUUCGCCGGGGAUAUGUUACCCAACGAAGACAUAUGCCAGGUUCAUUGUGGCGAUGGCCACCUAAUUGGCGUCUGCUGUUACAUUAUUAUCACGACAUGCGUGCAAAGCGUGAUGAUCUCGGAUGGUAG